CAUGUUGUGACUCCACUUUUACAUGUUUUAUAAGUUGUAAUUCAUAUGUGGCCACUGACGUUAUGAACGCUAUAGCGUUACAGUGCAACUGCUCUGACAAAUUUUACAACACUAAUGCGCUAGUUAUACCCAACAUUUAUGAACUUUUUAAAUUAAAUACACUGCGUUUGUCGUUUUUUAGUCAGUUUGUAUUCAAAAAUCUAAUACGAGUUGAAUUGUUAUCAUCAUUGAACCGUCGUGUUGGACCUGAUCGGUCCGUAAGACUGGUUUUGUUACUGGUUUUGGUAUAGCUUUUUCCACUCAUGUCCUAUAAGAAUGAUCGUUGGAGGAUUCGCCCGGUGGUUUUACUUGUUGUUGUUGAUGGUGCUCACAUUUGUACCAGUAGGGGGCGCUGUCUCGGUUUCUCAUCAACAAGGACUGACGAAAUCCUUCUGUCUGGCGACUUGAAAAAAAAAUCAUGGUUUUUGUGAUUGCAGCGUCAUGUUUAUGCCCGGGGAUCGCCGAGCAUUUGGACCGGAUGCAGUCGUUGUGAGAUAACGCGCUCGCUGCUGCUUCCAUUUGAACACAGACUCGCUUCUUGUCGAGCUUGUUUUGCGACCUUCCACCUGAGAGCCACCGUGUUCUGGGGACCAUGGCUGUUAACAAAACGUACCUGAGCAUAGGUUACGCGUCUUUUGGAGUGCUCAUGGGCUUUUCUGCCUUCCUGGUGUGGAACAUCGCGUACGGCCAGCCGUGGACUGCGGCCAUGGGGGGACUCUCAGGCGUGCUGGCCCUUUGGGCCUUGAUCACUCACGUCAUGUACCUGCAGGACUACUGGAGGACGUGGCUGAAAGGGCUGAAGUUCUUUUUCGUGAUGGGGGUUGUCUUCUGCCUGCUGGCUGUCAUCGCCUUUUUCACCUUUUUGUCAGUUGCCAUCCACAACAAGGAGUCUCUGUCUGACCCGCGAAGCCUCUACUUGUCCUGUGUUUGGAGCUUCAUGACCUUGAAAUGGGCCUUCGUCCUCACCCUGUCUGCCCACCGAUACAAGAAAGAGUUUGCUGACAUCAGCAUCCUCAGUGACUUUUAAACACAUGCACAGUCACGUCACAGACUGGGGCUUGGCAAGCUGUGCAGGUGACGAACAAGCAGAAACCCUGGCCAGCGUCCUCCAUGACUCGCUCUUCUGAUUCUGAUGUCAACGUGACUAUUCUCGCUGUUUCCAGGGCUCAGUUUGGGUCCCACAGCUACUAAAGCUGUUUGGUGUGAAACCUUCUGAACUUUAUUGGAUCUGAUGGAACAGACCUUGGAGACACAUUCUGCUCUCUUGGACCUUCUCUUUGGACACUGAGCGCCGUGUGAGAGCUACACACAAUUGGGAACUGAUAAUAAAGCCUCACGUCUGCCCUCCAUGAAGACCUUUAGUGAUCAUCUAAGACGGACAGCCUCCACCCCAGCACCUGAAUCAAAACCACAUGAUCAGGCUCAACCUAAUAGUGAAGAAUCAUUGCUGGGAUUUGAUGCAUGAAAUUCCUUUUUAAUAAUAUUUUCUACCGAUUAGGUGGUGAACCUGUGUUCUGCCUAUAUGACUGAGUCUUUCCAAAGUUUUAUAAAUUCAUUGGCAUGUUUGCCUUUUCUUCUGACUUGUCUGGUCAUCACCUUGUUGCUUCAUGAGAUUAUUUUACACCACUUUGUUGGAAAUCGAAUCCUCUUUUGUUUAACCACGUUUGUUCUUCUUUGAAUGCGUGUGUUCUGAUUAUCUAAUAUAUCUAAUGAGUUUCUGUUUAUGUUGACUGAUGACUGCCUUUUUUAUGUAGUCAAUUUAUGUGAGGUUAAAGUGCUCACAAAGAGGCGGAAAAUUUCAAGUUAACUUUGUAGUUUUGUUUGAUAUAGAAGUACGAUGGUGACCAAAUUAAUUCAGUCUUAAUGUAUGAAAAGCAGUGAGAACAACCUUAUUUUAUUAUAUUUCGUUUUACAGCCCAGAUCAAAAGUCACACCUCUCAUUCGUAUUGUCUGUAUUUAUCUCACUGCAGGCCUCGAAACAGCAAGCAUUUGCUUUCAUGACUGCUUUGCUCACUCUUGGCAUGGUGGCUACUUUGAGUCAUUAACAAAUAUUUAACAUUUUGUUUCUUUGUCACAUACUGCCAUAUAUCAUGCUUCAUAUGCUCAAUGUCUUCAGUGUGUAUUCACACUGGAGAAAGUUGUGAAAAUAAAGGCUGAAGAAUCCGUCAAUUUCAGUUCACCGACGGAAAUGGGUGAAUUCACCAAAAUAUUAAUUGUAUAUUUAGAUAAUAAGAGAAAGAUAUGACAGUUAUAGGUAUGUAAUAUGUAUACGUAUGUAAAGGUUAUUGAUACUAUAGUAAUAUAAUGUAACAAUAGCUCUUAUAUACCAUAGUAAUAGUACUUCCAUUAGAUGUGGCGUGAGCUGAAGGCCUGUGACUGAUCGCAUCUGAAGCCCAAAUGCUCACCUCCUAAGAGACAUCUGCUGGUUAUUUGACGCACUGUUUCUCACUGAAGAAUGGACUUUCUUCACUCACACAAAAAUAUGGCCCUCAUAUCAGGGCUGCAUGUUCUUCAUUUGAGGACAGCCAUGACUUCCCCCUGCUCUGAAUGGAACUCCAAAAUAACUUUUUAAUGUGUUCUAGACACAGUCCACGAUGAGGUUCUUCUCGACACGACGUGAGCAAAUAAAGCGUGUGCGUACAUUCAUUUAAUAAGCUACAGAAAACGUCAGCAGGGCUUACGAAUAAAUAAAAAUAAAUAAUAAUAUACAUAAUAAACAUUUAUAUGGAUGUGUGUGCGUACAGAUUUUUUUUUUUCAUCUUGUGUCAAGCCUCGGAAAACUGGCAUCAUGCAGAAAACUCUUCACAGUUGCCUUAUCCUUAUUGAGCUGCUAAAAUCACACGCCAAGUUUGUCUUUAGUCACCUGAUAUUCGACCGCAGGCUUCAGACCCACUAUGUUGACACGUCGAGAGGUUCUGCUUCAAACCGUCCAAAAGUCUUGCAGUUCUCUCUCGACAGAGAGAGAUCAAUGCUUCAAGAGACGGUAGAUCCACAUGUUAUAUUGAAAUUCUGCCAAUAUUUCAUAACCUCUCCCUCUGCAAAAAUCACUAUUUCGUUUUGGAGGUAUUCUACUGCCAGAUUAUUAUUUUUAUUA